CAGAGGGAGGGAACAAACCAGCAGACAGUGAGAGGAGGAGCUACACUGGAAAGAGGAGAGCUUACACGACACACUCAGGAAACGAGAGUUAUGUUAGUCAGAGAGGCAGCCACACUGCAGUCGAGACUAGUCUCUGUUUCUGUCUAAAGAAAAUACAAACUGAGUUCAUCAGAUCUUUCUCAACAACACAGCAGAGUCUCUGUCAAACACUGAUAUGGCUGCUGCAAGCUACCUGCUAUCUGAAGAUCAGUUUCUUUGCUCCAUCUGUCUGGAUUUGCUCACUGAUCCAGUCACUAUACCAUGUGGACACAACUUCUGUAAAGACUGCAUCACUGAACACUGGGAUAGAAGUGACAGGUGCCAGUGUCCCAUGUGUAAAAAAGAGUUCAACACAAGACCUGAGCUGCACGUUAACACUUUCAUCUCUGAGAUGGUCGCUCAGUUCAGACAGUCGGCUCAACAGAAAGCCAGCAGCAGCAGCUCAGAGCAACAAGUCUUCAAACCAGCAGAAGUUCCCUGUGAUGUCUGCACUGAAACCAAACUGAAGGCCCUGAAGUCCUGCCUGGUGUGUCUGACCUCCUACUGUGAGACUCACCUGGAGCCUCACCUGAAAAUGUCAGGUCUGAAAAGACAUCAGCUGAUCGACCCUGUGGAGAACCUGGAAGACAGGAUGUGUCCGAAGCACGAUAAACCUCUGGAGCUGUUCUGUAAGAAAGACCAGACAUGUGUCUGUAUGCUCUGCACUGUUUUAGACCACAAGAUGCAUGAUGUGGUUCCUCUGAAAGAAGGAUAUGAAGGGGAGAAGGCCGAGUUGGGGAAGACAGAGGCUGAAACUCAGCAGAUGAUCCAAAAGAGACAACUGAAGAUUCAGGAGAUCAAACACUCAGUGGACCUCAGUGAGAAAGAAGCAGACAGAGAGGUAGCAGAAGGAGUUCAGGUCUUCACUGCUCUGAAGAAGUCUGUUGAGAGAGGCCAGGCCAAUCUCAUCAACACGAUCAAAGAGAAGCAGAAAACAACUGAAAAAAAGGCUGAAGUUUUAAUCAAAGAGCUGGAACAAGAAAUCUCUGAGCUGAAGAAGAGAAGCUCUGAGGUGGAGCAGGUCACACGCUCUGAAGACCACCUGCAUUUUCUUCAAAGUGUCAAGUCCCUAAACAUUCAACACCGACAACCCUCCAAGGACUUGAGAAAAUUCAGCUUCACCCCAGCGGUAUAUGAGGGGACGGUGGUAAAGGCUGUGGCUCAGGUGGAGGAGACGUUCAGUAAAGAGAUGAAGAAGCUGCUUGAAGCUGAGCUGAAGAGGAUCCAGAAAUAUGCUGUAAAUGUGACUCUUGAUCCGCGUACAGCACAUCCCUGUCUCAUCCUGUCUGAUGAUAACAAAAGAAUUGAAUAUAGUGAUGUCGAAAAGAAUCUCCCAAACAACCGAGAGAGAUUUUCUGAUUGUGAUUGUGUUUUAGGAAAGCAGAGUUUCUCUUCAGGCAGAUUUUACUUUGAGGUUCAAGUUAAAGGAAAGACUGAAUGGUAUUUAGGAGUGGCCAGAGAGUCGAUCAAGAGGAAGGGAGAUAUCACACUGAGCCCAGAACAUGGUUACUGGACUAUAUGUUUGAGAAACGGAAAUAAGUACAAAGCUCAAGAUGCUCCGUCAGCCCAUCUCUCUCUGAAGUCUCAGCCUCAGAAGGUGGGGGUGUUUGUGGAUUAUGAGGAGGGUCUGGUCUCCUUUUAUGAUGUAGAUGCUGCAGCACUUAUCUACUCCUUUACUGGCUGCUCCUUCACUGAGAAACUCUACCCAUACUUCUGUCCUGGACUUACAUACUGCCGUAAAAAUGCUGCUCCUCUGAUCAUCUCUCCUGUCUGAGUCACCUAAUCACUCGUCUUAUUUCAUGUGUUGAUUUAGUCAGAACUGUAUAGUUUCCAUUUUAUUUUCUACAUAAUAAGUUUACUGUGGUGAUUGAUUUACUUCAUUCUUAAGAUUCUUUAUGUAUCCCAUUACAUAAAACAGAUUAUUGGAAGCAUUCAUUUACUCAACAAUUAUCUCAUCAAACCUUACUCUAACACAUAUGGAGAAUAUAUGUAUUACAGUUUUUAUAAAGCCACAGAUAAUUACUUUAACUUCAAGAAAGAGCCAUUGUUUCCAAAGACACCACAUCUGUAAAGCUGAAGUUUGAAUCAAUAAGCAAAAUAAAUGUUUAAUAUUGUGUCAUAAAGGGUCAUUUAAGAGAAAAGCCUAUUACAUGCCUGUAGUGUCUACAAAAUACAAUAUGUGUAAUAGUAUAGGUAAAUGAAGCUAAAUAAUAUGACAUAAAAUAAAUAAAAACAGUUUGGUUAAUAACUGUUAACUUGUAUAUCAAAAACAUCUGUAAAUAUGUGAUUGUGAGUUAAACACAUUAAAAUAAACUGCAUGUUGAACACAAGGUCUGAAGUUUUAA